GGGUACCCGAGCGGGAAGGUCAUAUCUGCACGUGUUAGCAGCCACUAUUUAUGUACACUUUUUAGAGCAAAAAAAAUAGGGCCAAAGUUAAGCGCAAACUGACCCAAAAAAGGUACUUCCAAACUGCACAACGCAGCUGGUGAAGGGGGAAAAAAACAGAUUUGCAGCGUUUACUCUGAUCACGUCCGAAGAGGGAGAAAAAGUCGCUCACUUCCUGCAGAUUGCCAGCUCGCUAACUUGCCACUUUGAGAAUUUACCAUUUUUUGACAGCCUACCCUUCUGCGAAUUUUCCCACGUAGAGGGGGGGGAGCCUGCGUACGGUCGCCCAAAAGGAAGUACGACAAGGAAGCGGAAGGGAAGCUGUGACGAAGUGGCGACGUCGCGGACGACGCCCUGCUUAAGCGCAAGAUGGCGAACGACCUGAACGUGGCGGCCCCCGACGUCAUACGACUGAUCCUGCAGUACCUGAAGGAGAACAACCUGAUGAGGUCCUUUUACGUUUUGCAGGAAGAAAGCAAUGUGAAGCUAAACGCAAUAAGCAACGUGGACCUGCUGAUAAGCGAUAUACACAAAGGCGACUGGAAAAAUGUCCUCUACAACAUAACCACAAUUGAGCUAUCUGACGAAACGCUCAUCCACCUGUAUGAACAGCUCAUAUGUGAACUUAUAGAAUAUAAAGAAAAUGAGCUAGCCGAAAGGAUAAUGAGCGAAUGUAUUAUAUUUAAAAAAAUGAAAAAGAUGUAUGGAGAAAAGUAUCAUAAGCUGGAAGACCUGCUGAGCAUGAACAGUAAGCAUCUUAAUAAAAAUGCUCUCUACGAUGGAAUAACAAAAGAGGAAAGAAGAAAUAACAUAUGCAUGAUGAUUAACAAUGAAAUAACUUCAUGUGCGCCGUCUAGAUUGUUGGCCCUACUAGGUAUGGCUUUAAAAUGGCAAAAUCAUCAUAACCUUAUAAAAAAAAAUAAAGAAAAUAACAAUUUUGAUAUCUUUAGAAAUUUAGAAAAAAACGAAUCCAAAGGUAUAGAUGUGUACCCAGAGAGAAUUCUAAAAAGCAUAUCUUUUGGAAAAGAAUCGAAUGUAGAAUGUUGCUUAUGUUCAUACAGCCACGAUUACUUAAUUACGGGUUCUUCUGAUGGGUUCAUAGAAGUAUGGAGUUGGCUGACUGGGCAGUUAAACAGCGAUUUGACCUACCAGCGUGAAAAUAACAUCAUGAUGCAUGACAAUCCAAUCGUUUCUCUAUGCAUUAGUAAGGAUGAUGAAAUUUUAAUUAGUGCAGAUUCUAAGGGAUUAAUAAAAAUUUGGAAAAUCAAAACGGGUUCUUGUCUACGAACUAUUAAUGCACACACGAACGCAGUUACAUCUGUUCAUUUUAAUAAUGACCAGACACAAAUCUUAACAUCUUCAUAUGACCUUUCUGUUAAAAUUUUCGGAUUAAAAUCGUUGAAGUGUUUAAAGGAGUUUAGGAAACACUCCACCGUUGUCCACUCAGCUGUGUACUCAUUAGACAAUUCUAAAGUCAUAUGUGGCACAGAAGAAGGGAAAAUAUUUAUAUAUAAUCAGAAAACGUGUGAAUGUAUCACUUCUUUUUAUGUAUAUUACAAUAUAAAGGAUAAUGUAAUUUUCGCUAGUGUUCAUACCAUCACUUUGUUAACAAAAACGCUCGACGAACUUAUCCUGGUCUGCUCAAAAUCGCCCUAUUGCUAUCUUAUGAAUUUUAAAGGACAGAUUAUUAAGACGUACACUUAUUUAGCUGAUAAGGAGGAGGAAAAUCCCGUGCACUUUGUCUCUGCUUGCCUUUCCCCCAAUUCGAAAUAUGUCUACUGCUUGGCGGAGAACCAGUUCCUCUACUGCUUUAAUUAUGGCACCGCCAAGCUGGAGACGCAGCUCAAGGUCCUCGAGGAGGACCCCCUCGGGGUGCUCCAUCACACUAGCCAGGACCUCAUGGCCACCUGGGCGCUCGACGGCACGCUCAACGUGAUACAGUAG